AUGUCUCUUUCAUCUUCUGAAAAAUCUAUUGAACUUUCUUCCCAAGAAGCACAUGUCUGUGAUACUAAAAUCACAUUUACCGAUAACGAUCUUCUAUUUGGUGAAACACUACACAAUCGUCCUUUGUAUAUGGUGGGUCAUGUGCUAGAGAAGAAGAUAAAUAGAAUCUUAAUAGAUGAAGGAUCUGGAGUCAACAUUUUGCCUAUCCACACAUUGAAGGAACUUGGCAUCACGACUGGGGAACUUAGUGAAAGUCGUCUGUUGAUACAAGGAUUUAAUCAAGGGGGGCAGAGGUCCAUAUGCUCUAUUAAAUUAGAGAUCCACAUGGAAGAUUUGCGAUCAAGCGCAUGGAUGCAUGCCUUGGUACAUGAUAAUAGAAUUGUCUCAUCUUCUUACUAUCAAUGUUUGAAAUAUAUUGAAGGUGGAACUGAAAGAAAGAUAGUUGCAGAUGAUAAUCCUUUCACCGAAGUGGAGACACACUUUGCGGAUGCAAAAUUCUAUUUGAGAAGUUAUGUUGUUAAAGGGGUCAAAUUCAAUGACGUCAAAUCAAUCAAGAUUGAUAAGAUCAUAAGUAAAAGAAUUGAUGCGGAUAUCGAAAAGGUGAAAAUCGACACUAAAGACUCUUGUCCCAUUCUUAAUGAAGGGAAGAUCUUGUCUUCAAAGAAGAAGUUGACUUCUAGGCUUUGUUAUGUUCCAAAAGCGAAGAAAGAACAAGAUCAACCAUCUAACCUUAAAGAAAAUGCAUUGAGAGGGCUAACUCUUCCUAUCAGACGGAUUGAUGCAAUAAACUUGUCUUCAAAGUUGCCAGAAAAGUCAGUCGCUCAAGAUCAAGUGCUAGAUAUGGUUCUCCCUACAAAACGCACAAGAGAAGGUUUUGAUCCCAAUGCCUACAAGUUAUUUGUGAAGGCAGGAUACAACCCUAGUGAGCCAUCAGCGCUAGAGAAACUCCUAUCAGAAGAUACAACUAGGAAAGCGCGUGAAGGCCUAGGUUAUAUCCAACCGCCGCCAAUUCGCAUUUCCAUAAGAAAGGCCAGUAAUAAUCAUAUAACUUUUGAAGAUGACGUCACUGCUCCCAAUAAAAGGUCUUCCAUCUUUGAUCGACUUGGUGAAUCAACAACAAGAAUUUCUGUGUUUGAGAGGUUAGGUCCUCUGAAGAAGAAUAACAAGAACCUGAGAAGUUAUUUAAAAGUUACAACGCCUACUUCACAUUUGAUUCGAAAGGAUUUCAGAAGUUUGAUUUCUUCUAGGAUGAGGCGACGAGUGGAACUUGUGGUUUCCUGUAAAGGGGAACUCAAGGCAAAGGUUCAUACUGUGGUUUACACCAAAGAUCGCGAGGAAGAUGAAGAAAGUGUAGGUUCCUCAAAUCAUGUUACAAUCCAAAAUGAGUACGAUUCUAUGCCUCAAAAGAACAUUGAGGAAGAGGUAGAAGAUAUUGUCUCGUGUUGUCAUAUAUCAGUCAAUGACAAUGAUCCUGUGGAAGAGGAAGAUGCUAAAGAUGCUCCACCAGAACUUGAAGAAGGAGUAAAGAUCACAAUAGAUCCUUUGAAGGAAGUUAACCUUGGCACUGAUGAAGACCCAAAGCCAACUUACUUGAGUGCGUUUCUAGAAAUUGAUGAAGAAGUCGCUUACAUGAAUAUACUCAAAGAAUAUAGAGAUUUCUUCGCUUGGAGUUAUAAAGAAAUGCCUGGACUGAAUCCUAGAGUAGCGAUCCAUCAAUUGGCAGUCAAAAAUGGUUCUCAUCCUGUUAAACAAGCUCAAAGACGUUUUAGACCAGACUUGAUUCCGUUGAUAGAAAAUGAAGUUAACAAACUCAUUAAGGCAGGCUUUAUUCGUGAGGUCAAAUACCUACAUGGAUUUCAAGUAUUGUUCCUGUGA